AUGUUCGCGGUACCCGGAUGGAACGUCUCCGCGCAGGUCCAGACGCAGGUCGAAGCGCCCAAGCCAAAGGAUCAGACUAAACCUGGAAAGAAGGCGCAGAAGCGCAAGGAAAGGCGCGAAGAGAAGGAGGUCAAUGCGGAUAAUUUGGCUGAAAAAUGGGAGAGCAUAACGAGUGGCAAGAGUGGAGAGGUCAAGCAGAGUAAGACAUCGGAGGCAGAUGGCACGGUAGAGGCAGAUGAUGCGGCGCAAGAGAAGCGCGGGAAGAAGAGGAAGAGGGGAAAGUCUGGAGGCAAUAAGGAUAGACAGCCGGACGAGGAUGGUACAAAGGAAGCAGAGGAAGUAGUAGGAGAAGCGAAACCUUCUCCUGCAAAGGCUUCUGAAGAAAAGAGUGCAACCACCGAUGGCGAGUCGAAACGCGACAAGAAGAAGCGCAAGAAGGAGUCGAAAGCCGACAAACUCCUCGCGGCGAACGCAGCCGAAGCAAAAGCUGUGCCAGUGGCACCAACUCUCGAAAACCUCCUGCCCGAGCCUAAGGGCCUCACACCGCUGCAACGAUCUAUGCGUAGCAAGCUAGCCAGCGCCCGAUUCCGCCAUCUCAAUGAAGCACUCUACACGAAACCUUCUGCCGACAGCGCUUCGCUCUUCAAAGAAGACCCCUCCAUGUUCGAAGACUACCACCGUGGUUUCGCCCAACAAGUCGAAGUAUGGCCCUCGAAUCCCGUCGACAGCUACGUAAAUAGCAUCCUCGUCCGCGCCAAACUCCGCAACAAAGACCAGCGCAAAGACCGCAAAGCACAAAAUAAAUCCGCCGUACGCCGUGGCCCCGGCUUCGAAGACGAGCAAGACACUACAUCCAUCGCGCCUCCCCGCGGCGACGCCAAACCCCUCCCCCGCGACUUCAAAGGCCACAGCACAAUCGCCGACCUAGGCUGCGGCACGGCCUCUCUCUCCUACCGCCUGCAACCCCACCUGGCCUCCCUAAACCUAACCUUCCACUCCUUCGACCUCUCGCAACCCAGCGGCCCCUCCGGCCCCCUCGUCACCGUCGCCGACAUCGCCGCCCUCCCCCUCGCCGACAACAGCGUCGACGUCGCAAUCUUCUGCCUCGCCCUCAUGGGCACAAACUGGCUCGACUUCAUCGACGAGGCAUAUCGCAUCUUGCGCUGGCGCGGCGAACUAUGGGUGUCAGAGAUCAAAUCGAGGUUUGGCCGUGUGGACAAGAAGAAAGGUGGUGUGCCGAUUAAUUCGAUUGGGUCGCUGAGGAAAAACGUGGAUACAUUGAAGAAUAAGAAUAAGAAGAAGGGGGCGCAAAAGGGAGACAAGGCGCCGGAGGAGGGCCCAGAGGAUUCAGAAGAUGAGGCGGAGCUGGCGGUUGUGGUGGAUGGACAGGAUGCAAAGGAGGGAACAGAUGUAUCGGCUUUUGUCAAUGUUCUGCGCAAACACGGGUUUGUGCUCGAUGCGCUGCCAGAGCGACCAGGGGAUGCGAUUGAUCUGAGCAACAAGAUGUUUGUCAAGAUGCAGUUUGUCAAGGCGGCGCAUCCCAGCCGGGGCAAGAACGCACGUGAGGAUCAAAAGGAGGGGGCUGUGGCGCAGAGGGGUGGCGGGCUCAAGUUUGGGCUCAAGGGCAAGCGUAUGGGCUUGGGUGGUGGGGAUGAGGAUGAGGGAGAGGCAGACAAUGCGGUGUUGAAGCCGUGUUUGUACAAGAUUAGGUAA